CGUGGGUUCAGUGUGUGUGCAGCAGUGGUGAGGGAAGGUUGUGCUACUCGUGGAUUGGGACACGCUGAAUGGGAGACGCGAGUGUUAGUGGUGGUGGCGGUGCUCUAUGAAUUGAUUUACCGAUGGCUACUCUUUGGUUUGUGGAGUCGAAGUGAUAAGGAUUUAUAAUCUAUUAUGUUUCUUAAACUACUGACCCUGUGGGUCGUCCUGGCCACGACAACUGCUUUUAUUCCUGAUGAAGGUGUGGUGAGACGAUAUGAAGUGGAGGGGCUUGCUGGCGAGUCUGUUCUCCUGCCGUGCGAGGUGGACAAGGCUUCCUGCGGGAACUUCCACAACAUCAAGUGGUACAAGGGGGUGGAGCGUGUGUUCAUUUUCUCCGACAUGGCUAAUGUGAGGAGAGCGGAGGGGCCUCUGUUGGAUAGAACGCACUUCCACUACGCGGCCAACGGCACUGACAGCAGCCUCCAGAUCUUCCCACUUCGGACAGAGGACGAAGGGAUGUACAAGUGCGAGAUUACGUACCUGGCCGUCAGAGAUUCGUGCUCGGUCGUGCAGUUCGUUAACCUCACUACGUACGCUCUCCCGACGUUCCAGCGCCUAUCGUUCGAGGACGGUUCCCCGAUCGACAACGCCACCGAGAUCGGCCCCUUCGACGAGGACACGACGCUCACCCUCGUCUGCGAGUCGGGCGGAGGGAAACCCGUCGCCAAAGUCUCCUGGUGGAACGGCAGCCAGGCGCUUGCAGGCAAAUACUCCGAGACCUUCGACGAGGACGGCUCAGGUCUCGGCAGGAACGUCCUCCAGGUAUCUCUGACCCGGGAUGACCUCGGCUCCGUCUUCACCUGCGAGGCCGAGAACGCAGCUAUGACCUCGCCCUUCGUGGCCUCCGUCAGCAUCGACGUGAAUGUGCCACCGCUGAGCAUGGACGUGACAGGCGCCGAGGAGGCAGUGCUUGAAGGCGAGAUGGUGACACUGUUAUGUGAAGUGCGUGGUGCCCGCCCGCCCGCCACCAUCACCUGGAUGAACGGCACAGUGCCAGUCGAAGAGGCACCCACCGUAGUUAACGUGCAGGAGGAGUCCGUGGAGAUCCGUCUUGACGACAACACCUACAAGACACAAAGUCAGCUGACCUUCGAAGCCACGAGAUUCGAAAACGGACAAAUGUUUUCGUGCGAAGCCACCAACUCGGUGCUGGAGAACCGCAACGAACAGCCAAUGAAGAGCGAGGUUGCUCUCAACGUUCACUACGCCCCCGUGGUGAGGGUGAGUCCUGAGAACGUCACCGUGAAUGAGUCAAUGGACAUUCUCGUCUUCUGCCAAUACGAUGCCAAUCCGCCGGAGCUGACUCAUGUCUACUGGUACCAGGACAACAACCAGGUAGACGUCGCCGGAUCUCCCGAGAAAUACGGAAACGGCAACGUCGACCAUCCGUCUCUGCUCAUCAAGAACAGUUCGGCCUCGGACAUGGGCGAUUACACAUGCCGCGUCGCUAAUAAGAUUGGGUCAUCAGAGGUCAUCAACAUGGCGUCGGUCAGCGUCCAGUUCCGGCCUCAGGUUCACGUGCUCAUGGAACCAUCUGAACCUGUGUCGGAAGAAGCGCGACUCAACGUGACCCUUAUAUGCGACGUCGUAAGGGCUAACCCCGAGUUCCUGGUCCGCGUGCGCUGGUACCUCGACGGAGAACUGCUGAAGGAACUCCCCGAGUGCUACGGCAACAACUCGCUCUAUGACCGCGAUUCGGACCUCUGCGACAUCGACCCCUCGCGCCUGCUGCUGGAGAAUGUAUACAGGGACUUCCAGGGGAACUACUCGUGCGAGGGCAUGAACGACGCCGGCUGGGGAGCGAGGUCAAACGAGGCCGAGCUGGUGGUCCAUUAUCCUCCAGGAAAGGCCACCAUUGCUUAUCGACCUCCCAUGGCUGUGAAGGGCAUCUCGCUCGAACUCACCUGCAGCGUGCAGGACCCCGGCCAGCCCGAAGCGACGGAGUUCAUCUGGUACCGCGGCGCCCAUCGCGUUCCCGACGAGACCUCCGGCACGUGGAUCAUCGACCCCGUGUCCCUGGAGACCGAGGACGAGUUCACGUGCAUCCCCGUCAACAGCGAGGGCUCGGGCGAGAACGCCACCACCAGGAUUGAUGUUCUGGCCGCACCUGUCUUCAUCGAGCGUCUGCCUCCCUACUACGGCGCUCUCAUGAAUGCCGAGGAGGUCUCGCUGUCGUGCCGCGUCGAGUGCUCGCCGCUGUGCUCCAUCGAGUGGUUCAAGGAGGACGUCCCUCUGCACAACGACACCUACUACAUCAUCAGGACGGAGACCAUCCCGCCCAAUCCUUCGUCGGGUGACCUCGAGAGCGUGCGCUCCUUCCUCACUUGGAGGAUGAACAGGUGGCCCGAGGGCGUCCUGGACCGGGAGCAAGACAACGCCAAUUACACCUGCUCCUCCACGCCCAACGUCGCCGGCCCAGCGGUCUCGUCGCGGACUUAUUUUAGAGUGGAAUACCCCCCCGAGGAGAUCAUCGUGUCGGAUCCGUUCAUCCAGGUGGUGGAGGGCGAGAUUCCCCCCAAGAUCGAGUGCCGGGCGUCGAGCUACCCGGAGGCCAUGUACGUCUGGUUCUACGGCGAGGAGGCUGUGUCGAGCAACGCCGUCCUCAACAUCGAAUACCCGAUCGAGCGCAAUCGGGCGGGCGAGUACGUGUGCGUCGCCAAGAACCGCCACGGAGAGAUGACCGCCUCGACCAACUUCGACGUCCUGUUCAAACCAGAAUGCAAGAUCGACCGUGAGGAUCGAGGCAGUGGUGAGGAUGCUGAGAUUCAUCUUAUCUGCCGAGCCUCCGCCAACCCUGAGGAUGUGGUGUUCAGAUGGCGUCUACUGAACGAGACCUUGACAGAGCACGUGACGUCAAAGGGCCUCACGUCCUUCCUGCGUCUACCUGCCACAGCGGAAUCCCGAGGAACCUAUUACUGCUACGUCAAUAAUACCAUCGGCGAGAGCAUCCCCUGCGAGAUCGACGUAACAGGUGUCGCAGGCAUCAUUGAGAAGCUCGGAGAUGACAAGAUCUUCACCAUAUCCGCCAUCGUAGCUGCUGUCGUCGUCCUGGUUCUCAUCAUAUGCGUCGUCAUCAUCGUCAUUUGCCGUAGACAAAGACAAGUCGGAAAAUUCAACGGUGCUGGAAGUCUGCCGGACAGAGAGAACACGGAAGGGACCUCGCCCCGCCCUGACCCCUUCUCCCCCGCCUCAGUCCAACCAGUACAUAAGUGGCCGCUCCGACCAGGUGUCCACGUCCAUAUCAACUCACUCACUAGCCUGACCGAUGACUCGAAACCCUUACAUAACAACAACACGAUCGGAUCCGCCACAACGAUGACGAGUCUUUCCUCGCCUCCCCCACCUCCUCCACCACCUCCUCCCCCGAAUUCCACAGCUCCUCCACCUCCACACCACCUGCAGCAGCAACACCACUCCUACCAUCACAGUUUGCACCAUCAUAAACAGAUCAAUCAGCAUCCGAGUUACUCCCACCCACUCCAGCCUCACCAACAAUACCCUUCAACGCUCGAUACGAAGCGUGGAAGGUCAAGCAUCCGCAAGAAUAACUCCCACAAUAACUCCCACAAUAAUUCCCACACACUCCCUCGUCAAACGUCCAUUGACAUCCCUCGAGAUGACCACAUAAGCCUCCACUCCACCGGUCACUCUCCAAAUUCCUAUCCUCACUCCACGACUAACAACUGUAGCACGAACAAGCAUAGACCAAAAAGUGCUGUAUCUGACCUUGACGCAAACUCUCACAUGGGGAAUUCAGUCGUGGUACAGACCAAGCCAGAAACCAGCAGCGGGUCAACGACUGGACGCAAACGCAAAAAGCCAGGUCAAGACCCAGAGCCUUCUAAGACACCGACCGCCGGCCCAAAGGAUAAUGGAGUCCCUUCACCGCCUGACGAAGACAAACAAACCUUCUACGAGAACUUGCCUUUCCACGGAAUGCAGCCGCCACCAAAUAAGCCGUUCCUGACUGACCUGGGAGGAGGGGACCUAGAGUACGCCGACGUGGACUACGCCACCUACACCUACGGCCCCAUCCCGUACAAGGCCGCUUCCGUCGCUAACGCUCAGGAGAAAAAGGCCGAGCACGAUGCCGAGCAAAUGGGCGUUCCCGUCCGACCACCUCGAAAGAAUAAGUGAAGAAGGGAGGAAGGAAGGAAAGAAGAGUGAGGGAAAGAGAGGAAGGAAGAACGGUGUUUUUAUAAGAAGCAGGGAUGAGGAAAGAUGAGAGAGAGGUUGGAAAGGACAAGAAAUGAAAAAUGAGGAAUGAAGGAGAAAAGAGGAGAGAGUGAAGUAAGUGAGAAAUUCGAGGAUGAUAAAAAAAAAAAAAAAACGGGAAAUGGAAAGAAUCAAGAGUGCCGGCUAGAAAGAAAAAUAACUGGAAUGGUGUAACUCAUAACCAUUUGGCAAAAUAGGGGAUUACAAUAGAUGUGUGUUGAAAUAGAAAUGCGGACGAAUAGGUCUGGAUAGAUACGGAAUCUGUCUAGGCGCUGAAAAUACGCAGAAAAAUUACGGUGGAAUCAAGAAAAAAUAUAAUUAGAAUGAUUGGAAAAUAACAGGGCGGUCUUUCUGUGGGAAAAAGUAUUUCAAAAUGAUAAAUUGAUAGAAGAGAUGACGAGUGAAUGUCAAACCGCGCAAUAGAAAGUAAAUAAAAGUUUAUGAAUGCAUGAUGUAAAUGCCGUAGUUAUAGUAGCAUUUAUUCAGUCAUGCAGUAUAUUUCUGUGAGGAUCUAAUGAUAGAUUUUAUAAAUAGCAUCAUACUGAAGUACUUUUUCCCAAAAACUCGUUCCUGAUCAGUAUAUAUAUAUAUAUAUAUAUAUAUAUAUAUAUAUAUAUAUAUAUAUAUAUAUAUAUAUGUCUAUAUAUGUAUAUGCAAAUGUAUAUGUAUAUGUGUGUAUAUAUAUGUAUAUAUAUGUAUGUAUGUAUACAUAUACAUAUAUAAAACAUUGUAAUCCCUGCAAGGUGGCACUCGUCAAUAUGUCUCACUCCGUCCGGAGUUAGCUGUGGUAUGGCUUGCGUUCUCGGAAAGGCUGUCUAUCUUAUCGUCAGUUAUUAUCUAAUUAUGGUAUAUAUAUACAGUAUAUUUGUUUUCGUCUCGUUGAAAGGUAUUUACACACUCGAAAUCGGUCUGUUUCAAUUCGUGUGUGAUGAGGGAACUCCCUUUUCCUUUGCCCUCAGACCAGUGAUUGUGGACACUCUUUUAAAAAAUGAAAAAAAUAUAUAUUAAUGUGUCGAUAUGUAACUUUUCCUUCAUGAAGGCUUAUGAAAGGCAAACAUAUAAACAAAGGAAGAUAAAUAAAUGCCGGAAUGACUCAGUCUCAGACUCGUGUGUUUCAGUCUGAGCUUGCGUCAUCCUCGCCCGUGGUCAAAAAGUAAAAGAAGAAAUAAAACAUAACUAAGAAAAGAAGGGGACAAAAGUAUGUAUAACUGUGUUGUUCUUCCAUAGAUUCUAUAUUAUGUAAAUACAAUAUGGGUGCGAGCGUCUUCUUAACGGAUGUCAUUUCAACUGGAGAUGAGUUUGUGAUGGUGUUACUUUGGGAUACUGAAGUGAGUCCAUCUGAUCUUAUGGCACGUGUAAAUGGCACACCAUGUCGAUAGACCAACCAUUCAAGAGGGCUUUUCAUCGUACCCGUGAGCUUUUUUUAUUGCUGAAAAGUGUAAACGCGUAUGGCGUAAGGGAAGCUCUCUCGAUUCGUGGUCUUCCUAAACCAAUUCCCUGAUCACGUUUUAAAUUUGUUUCAAAAGGAACCCAAAGCAUACAACUGUCCAGUCCAGCGAGAAACACAAUAUGCUGAAACCACUUCCCGUCAAGUAAACAAAACAAAACAAAGAUCUCAAAAAGUGAUCAGAGAUGUUUGCAAACUGUGCUGGGACGGAGGUGAUGCAUCCACUUACGCCGACCUUCACCAACACCGGAUUAUUUACCUCUAAGAACAAUAGCGAGCCAUUGGAGAAUCAAUCACAGGAUGCCCUUAUCUUUUAGAUCUCUCUUUUGUAUACAUAUUAAUAAUCGCCAAAGGACUCGAUAGGUUGUGUAUCUUGUAUGACGUCCAGUUCUAAGAAUCAAAAGCAAGAUCUAUGUGAAGAGAGAGAAAAGUAAUAAUAAUAAUUUGUACAUCACCCCCGUCCACGUGCAAAUAUUACGCCUAAAACUAAUCUUUCACGCCCACCAGAAGUGGGGAGGGGGAGAGGGGAAACCACGCCCAUAGGCCUAUCAGAGGCGAGGAAUAAGUCUCAUCAAGAACCAAAGAUCUACAACUUUUUUCAUCCUUAUAUAAGUCGGGAGAGACAAAGAGGAAGAAAGGCAUUAUAAAUAAACACCCUUUUAAGUCGUCGAUCUUUUCAGUGUGAUUCAUUAAAGGAUUUCCGACCUUAUAACCUCGUGUUGUUGGUUCAUGCUGUCUUCUUUAACUAACCCAAUCGAUUCCUUCGUUCAGACCUUUUCAAUUCUGACUUUUGAUUUUUGAGGAAGUGUACUGUUGAGUCCAGGUUUUAAACACGGGAGAUCAUUUUCGAAUAACAUUAUAUUUGGGGGACAGCGAGUUCGUUAUAGAAAUUAUCAUUCUUUUAUUAUUAUUAAUGAUACCAUUUUUUAAAAAGAUUCAUAUAUAUAUAUAAAUAUAUAUAGUCCGGAGACUCCACAUUGGAGAUCCAGCCUUCAAAGUCGUCCAGAAGACACAUGUGACUUUGUGGAGGGCUCAGAGGGGAUGCUAAUAGGCCUAUCGCCCGGUAGUCGAGGAGAUGGCCGCGGAGAUGCAGUGAAGAAUGAAUGAAUUUACUUGACAUGAUUCAUUAUUCAAGUUUUAUUGUUUUUAUUAUUUUUUAAAUUAUUAUUAUACUUUCUACUUUCUUGUUUCUUAGAUUUUUAGAUUAGCUAUACUUUUGUUUUCUGUGUAAGUAGAUUUCGAUUACAAAAUUAAUUUCCAUAGGUGAUUUAGAAUUAAUAAAAGAUAGAUCAAAGACAUCUCUUAUUUAUCUAUCUUAUGAACAAAUCUGUCCCCUUUCCAUUUCUUUUAUCUAAAUACUUUAAAGACAAUUAACAUUUUUCUGCAUACGAAUGUCAGGUGUUCAGAGAUACGUGUAGCAUAGGUCAGUCUGUUUCUAGUCUCCAGGGACGGUUGGCAUUCGUUGGCAUCCCCUAGUGCCUCGGACUUUGUUAAAUACCCCAGCUUACAAAACUGGGCUUUAUUCUACUGUUUGAGAGCCCCACACUCCUGUGCAGUCACGCCAAAGCUUUGUAUAUAAACACUUGUGUAGCUCAGUGGGUCUUGUAGUAAUCUUUAUAGUCACAAUAAAUGUUUCUAGAUUAGUCUAUAAGAUAAAGAAAUUGAAAGGUGCCUAUUGUAUAGAAGAAGAAAAGAAAAACGUAUAUUAUUACCGUGAAAAAACAUAGAUGUAAAGUUUAACAAAAAUAAAAAAAAAUAAUGUUGCACAAUCUUCAGAAUUAUAUAAGACAGGAAAUAUUAAUAGCUUUUGUUUUUUAACAACUGUGUUUAGAAUUUAACAGAGCGAUGUAGGUGUAUAUCCGUCGUGACAGAAGUGUACAUAGAAACUUGUGAACCUUUUGUGAUAUCAGUUUCAUUGCUGGCGUAUCAAUCGGUAGGCCUAUGUAGCCACUUAUAAACAAAGUUAACUAAGAAGUUUUA